AUGUGGGGCCGGCGGCGGGGCCGGCGCGGGGCCGGGCGCGGUGCGGAGGAGCUGCGGGCCCGGCGGCGGGAGCGAGAGGCAGCUCUCAGGAAAGCCCGGCGGGAGGAGCAGCUGGUGAGCAAGCGGCUCCUGCGGGAGGACAGCGCGGCAGAGGAGGGGGGACAGGAUGGAGCAGACGCCGUGCCGGACCCACUCUCAGAGGAUGAGGUCCUCGAGCUGCUCAGAGCUGUGCAGAGGGGCUCGGAGGACAGGAAGGGAUCGCUCGGCCGCCUCCGCCGGGCUCUGCAGAACGAGGAGACCCAGCAGAAGUUUGUCAGGCUGGAGGGCAGCGUGCGGACGCUCACGGGGCUGUUCACCAGCAGCCUGGCCGACAUGCAGCUGGAGGCAGCGCGUUGUCUGCACGAGCUGUCCCACUCCAGUGACCCCACUGUGGCCGAGGCCUGUCUGCCUGUGACCUCCUACCUCCUCACGUACCUGUCGGGACACAGCGUGGAGUUCACGGAGCUGUGUUUGUACACACUGGGGAACCUCGUAGUGGAAAGUGAAGCUGUGAGGAAGCGACUUCUGCCUCAGGGCAUCAUUCCAGUGCUGGCAUCCUGCAUCCAGUCCCCACAUGAGGCCGUGCUGGAAGGUGUGGGUUACGUCCUCUCACAGCUCCUCCAAGCCAAGGAAUCACCCGUGGAGAUCAUCCCGCAGGUCCUGGACUCUGUCCUCCCCCAGCACAUGCUUCGCCUGGUGUGCUCCGGCCUCAAGGCUGGGCUAGGAGCAGCUGUGGAGUUUGCCUGGUGUCUCCACUACAUCAUUUGUAGGCACAAAUCCAACACGGUGCUGCUGGCGCUGGGGGCUGUGCCCGCCCUCACCUCUCUGCUGCUCGACCUGGCUUCCGAAAUCCCCCAGGAUGCUCCCGAGGGCCUGGAGCUGCUCAUGUGCCCCGUGCUGCGGUGUCUCAGCAACCUGCUGGCAGAGACGGGCUGCCAGGUGCGGGACGAGCGCCUGCUCAUCGCCCUGUUCCUCCUCCUGCAGUGCCUCCUCCAGCAGCACCUGUUCCUGGGCCAGGAGUGCCUGUGGCUGCUGAACAACCUCACGGCGGACGAUCCCUUCCUCUGCUCCGCUCUGCUCUCCCUGGACCUGCUCCCGGCCCUGCUGCAGCUCCUGCCGUGCUCCCAGAUGGCCUCUGUGUUGGUGCUGACCGUGCUGUGCAAUAUCGCAGAGAAGGGACCGUUCCUGUGCCAGCGGCUGCUCCAACAGCCCGUCCUGCCCCUGCUCCUGCCCAUCCUCACCCAGCCCGACCCUGAGGCCCUGGGGCAGUGCCUGGAGCUGCUGCACCUCCUCUUCCUGCACUGCCCACAGGCUGCUGCUGAUUUCACCAGGCAAGGUGGGAACCAGGCCCUGGAGCAGCACCAGAGCAUCCCAGAGCUGCAGGAGCGGGCACAGGCUCUGCUACACAUGGUCAGGCAGCCCCUGGGAGCCCCCAGCCCCUGCCACACCACACUGCCUGCCUUCUCCUAGGCCUUGCCACCUCCCUGCCCUCCACCAUGUUCCAAGGGGGAAUAAACUGUCUGUCCACCCCAUGCCCAGCUUCCCAAGGGCUCUGGCUCAGGGGAGUGCUGGUCCUUGUCACCAUCUCGGAGCCACCAGCCCAGAGCACCCCCAGAGCCUGGAGAGGAGCAGAGCUGAGCUGCUGCUGGUGCCAGGGAGGGUGUGAAGGGCUGGAUCAGCCAUUCCUUUGGGCUUCCAGCCACCACGUGAAGCUCAGCUCAGGGUAAGCACGCUGUGUUUAUGGAUUGAUAAGUUAAAGAUACACAUCUGACAUUAAAGAUCAUCAGUCACGUCUCCA